GAUGAUCGUGUCGUCGUGAUCUCGCAGCCGAGAGCCCCCGUGAUCGGGCCAAAAUUGUUGCAGUGAAAAUAGUCAGCCUUUAUUCUUCGGAUUGAUCAGUAUUCUUUCCGAGAUCCGAGAGUUUUGCGUGAUUCAAUCUUCCUUUUUUUCUGUAGUUGAGACUUAGCUCCUAACACCACCCAACAACAACCAUGGCUGAUGAUGAGGCAAAGAAGGCCAAACAGGCCGAAAUCGAGCGCAAGCGUGCUGAGGUGCGCAAGCGUAUGGAGGAGGCCUCCAAGGCAAAGAAGGCCAAGAAGGGUUUCAUGACUCCAGAAAGAAAGAAGAAACUCAGGUUGUUGUUGCGUAAGAAAGCCGCCGAAGAACUGAAGAAAGAACAGGAGCGUAAAGCAGCGGAACGUAGGCGCAUCAUCGAGGAGCGAUGCGGCAAGCCCAAGAACAUCGAAGAUGCCAACGAAGACGUGUUGAGAGACAUUGUUAAAGAAUAUUUCGACCGUAUGUAUACAUGUGAAGGCCAAAAAUGGGAUUUGGAAUUCGAAGUCCGGAAAAGAGAUUGGGAGAUUUCCGACCUGAACGCCCAAGUCAACGACCUUCGCGGUAAAUUCGUCAAGCCCACGCUGAAGAAGGUCUCCAAGUACGAGAACAAAUUCGCCAAGCUGCAGAAGAAGGCCGCCGAAUUCAACUUCCGCAACCAGCUCAAGGUUGUCAAAAAGAAGGAAUUCACCCUGGAAGAGGAAGAUAAGGAGAAGAAACCCGAUUGGUCCAAGAAGGGCGACAAGGAGGAGGAGGAGGCUGCCGCCUAAGUCUUGACUCAUCGUUGGAAAACCGCUUCCCUCCCGCAUCGAUCUUGAGAGGGCUCGGCUGAAAACCACUGAGAAAAUCCAAAUCAAAAGCAUUCACACUUCACCUCUUUUUUUAUAAAAUCCAACCCAAAAAAAUCCCCACUCGAUCGAUUUGGACUGACCACGCUUGUCUUCAACUACCCGCCCGCACCCCCGCCUGAAGGCGGGAGGGAGGAGGAUCCCGGACGACCCGAACCCGAACGAACUCUUGCUAUUGCUGCUCUGCCGGACAACUCUGGAACAUUUCUUGGCCCAACAUCCCAUAGGGCAAAACCCCUUGAUAAUAGUUUCUUUAUAAUAUAAUGACUUUACACCGCUGACUGUGGAGAUGUACACAAUUAGGGAAAUAAAUCGAACUAAGAAUACGGAUUUUAGUUUAGUUUGUAGUACCAUCAUCUCAUGUGAAGAAAACUAGGCUAAGAUAUGCAAAGACGAACAUGUCUCCCGCGUUGUUGUUGGCAGUCUCUCACUCUCUGUAAUGUUCCAAUUUUGUUGAGGUUUCUAGUACUGUACACUUUUUCAGUAAAACUUUUAUUUUGUAAUAUAAAGAAAA